CACUUGUAUCCAUCCGUCUUCACUGGAGAGGUCCGGCCGUUUUAAUACCUGAACGAGCUGCUGUCUGUACUGAGGUGUCACAAUGUCAGUACUUUCGACGUGAAUUGUGUUGUCCCUAAAAUAAAACAUCCCGAACUUGAACUGCGCCAUUGUAACUCAACUGCGACAACGCUUCCCUCAGCAUCUACUGUACAUUCAAGUGCGUUGCAUUCGGGGGUAACCAAUCAGCGGCAGCACAGCGCCACGAGUACUUUAGGGUCAAUUGGGAAAAUGUCCACCACAUUCAAAUUUUCCAUUUUGACAUUGAAAAUGGUCUGUCAGACGCAGACGUUCUUGCAAAAAAAAAUAUAUAUAUAAUUACAUUUUUUUUUAAAGUCUGUGUACACCGUAAUGUCCAUGCACGCAUGCGCACGUUUACGAUGACGUUUUAUCCAGGACACUGCGCGCGCCCUCUGCACUUUACUUUACCCAUGGAUGUAUUUUAGCGGGCUUAGAGAAACCGCCCGCAGACAUGGCACCCAAAAGACAUUACAAAGAAUAUCUGCUGAAUGAGUCGAGCCAACCUUCAAAGGCAACCAAAUACAGACGGCUAGCAAAGGAGAACGAGAAUACUUUAAACUGCAGAGGAAAUUACAAGAAAUACCUCAGUGCAUCCUGUACAACUAACAAUAGAGGAGUCUUGAAAGAGAUUCCACUUUCAAAUAACGGUGAACGAACAUAUUCUCUGGAGGAAUAUCCAGGAGACAAUCCCACAACUAACAAACAGAAUGUUCCCGAUGAGGGCCUUGUUGCAGAAGGACCAAGCGGUCAGUCAUCUUUAGAAUGUUUGAGAGGAAAGCAUCUUGUCACUCCAAUAACAGAGCAUCUGCUUCAGGACAGACCAAACAGAGAUUCAUCAGAGCCUGCCGGAGAGGGGGUCUCCAGAAAUACCCACCCAGUGCUAGAAUUGCCACCCUCCACCUACUCACACUGCACUUUUCAAUUUUGUGGGGAUCAACAAGAUAUGCAAAUCGGACCAGAAGCACAGGACAUGUUAGAGAAGCAACCAGGAUGCAAUGUGCCUGCUACUCCAACUGAUCAGCAAGAGACACCAAACCAACAGGCAGAGACAUUUUUGUUGGAUGGAGAUGAUCCAGCGUAUCCUGGAGCUCCACUGACAAAGGGACAAAGUUUAAUCUUACUGAUGUCUUAUGUACUAAGGCACAAUGUGACAGGUGUGGCACUGGAACAUCUACUGAAGAUUGUUAAUGAACAUUUCCCUGGAAUGGUACCAGUAACCACAUACCUUUUUCACAAAGCUUAUGGACAAUAUGGAAAUUAUGUCCCCCAUUUUUACUGUCCAGCAUGUGAAAACUACUUGGGGGUAAAUAAUACCAGUGAACUACAGUGUGGAGCUUGUAAUGCAGUAACUGAUUCAGAGAGCUGUCUCAAAAGUGGGUGUUUCUUUCUAGUGCUUAGUUUGGAUUCACAAAUCAAAACAUUGCUUGAACAAAACCAAAGUUUAAAAAAAGACUGGCAAUGUGCAGAUGUCAUGUCAGAUAUACAGUGUGGAGAAGAGUACCAUAAACUCAAAGAAUCAGGUGAAUUAGGUGAGGAUGACAUAACUUUAAUUUGGAACUGUGAUGGAAUUCCAGUUUUCAGGAGUUCAAAGUAUCAAAUUUGGCCCAUUCAGUGCCAGGUUAUAGAACUUGAACCUAAAGAACGGAAGGCAAAUAUCUGUCUUCCUUGUCUCUGGUUUGGCGAGAAGAAGCCAAACUUCUUAACAUAUUUGAAGCCAUUUGUUGAUGAACUGCAAAUUUUAGAACAAAAUGGUAUUAAAUGGAAGGACUCAGCAAAUGUACAACAUGUCUCCAAAGUGUAUGCUCUGAUAUGCAGUUCAGAUUCAGUUGCUCGCCCACUUCUAAGAAACACCAAACAGUUUAAUGGCUUUUAUGGAUGUGAUUUUUGUUACCAUGUUGGUGGUGGUCCUUACACAAACAAAGGCCCAAAACCACAUCUUAGAACUGAAGCUAAGCAUUUUGAUCACGCAAUGGCUGCAACACCAGACAGUCCAGUAAUGGGAGUAAAAGGACCUUCACCAUUAAUGAAACUCACAAAGUUUCAAAUGAUAAAUGGAUUUGUUCCAGAGUAUCAGCAUUGUGUCUGCCUUGGUGUGACAAGGCAAUUAGCAAAACUGUGGUUUGACUCAAGAAAUCAUGACAAAGAGUGGUACUUAGGAGCAAAAUCAGACCGCAUUGACAAAGAGCUCAUUGCAAUUCAACCCCCUGUUGAGAUAACAAGAGUACCACGAUCUGUUGCAGACAGAAAAUAUUGGAAAGCAUCAGAGUGGAGGUCAUUCCUGUUAUUCUAUUGCCUGCCUUUACUGAAUGGGGUCUUACUAAAGAAGUUCUGGAACCACCUUUUUCUGUUUGUGUUCGCUAUGCACAUUCUUUUGGGAGAAAAGGUGAAACGCUGUGAUAUUGAAGUAGCUGAAAGAGCUCUCAAGAAGUUCUCACUGCAGUUUGAGAAGUUAUAUGGUGCAGCAAAUAUGACAUUUAAUGUCCAUCUUCUGACACACCUUGCAGCAAGUGUUAGGAACUGGGGCCCUUUGUGGGCCACAUCAACCUUUUCCUUUGAAUCAUUUAAUGGCACUUUGUUACAGUACUUCAAUGGGACAACACAUGUUCCAGAGCAAAUAGUUAAAAGGUUUCUUUGCUGGAGGAGUCUAACACAAAAAGCCGAAAAGUACAUGGUAGAUGCUAAUGAAGGGGUGAAAUGCAUUUUUUCACAUCUCCUAAACAGCAAUGUAUCAAGUUCUAAUUCAUCUACCCUGAAUGAAAAUGUCAGGGUUUUUGGUAAUCCCUGUCAUCACAAACUGUCAGCAUUAGAAAAACUUGCUAUCAAAGACUUGCUAAGUGUUACAGUCGAACACUGUGUUUGUUUUCACCGUUUCAUUGUAAAAGGCGUACUGUAUCAUUCCAGCAGUAACAGAAGUCUAAAAAAAAGGAUCAACUCAACAGUGGAGUUACAGGAUGGAAGAUUAUGUAGAAUUCUUUGCAUGUCAGUAUUCAGAGCAGGCGAUUUGUCAUUGCACUGUAUAUUGGUAAAGGAGCUUGUGAAGACUGAGGGACAGCUCUGCAAGGAUAGUCAACUGAACAUUGCUUCCACUUUUAUGUCUGAGGUGUCAGAAUCUAGGAAUGUUUAUGCGGUGCCCACUGACCUGUUCCACAGGAAAUGUGUUUUGAUCCAAUCAAGAGACAAACAAUAUGUUAUUCCUCUACCAAAUAAUGUAGAGAGAGAUUAAAUAGUUACUGGGGAAGUUAGAGAAAAAUUGCUGAAACCACUGCCAAAUUGUAAGAAAUAGGGAUUACAUAUCAGUGUGUAUUCUUGGUGUGCCUUAAAACUAGUGGACAAUGUCCAAAAAUGGCAACUUCAGAGGAUUAAGUCUGUAAAAAUGAUAAGGCAUACAUGGGCAAGCACACAAAGACUGUGCUGUUAAACAGUUAGUAUAACAGUUGUGGUAUAACAAAACACAAACAAAAUUGUAGGGGUGAAUACUUUUGCAAGGCACUGUACCUGGCCUCAAAAUGUUGAACUUUAACAGACUGUUUUCAUGCAAAAUCAAAGACUUUCAAAGGAUUAAUUUUUCUGUCAAGCAGCAAAGCAAAUUUCCUGUUAUCUACACAUCUUAAUAUGUUCAUAAGUGUAAUGUGUUUUCUGAUUGCUGUCAAAUGUAAGUGAAACAAUCCAAGCUUUGGAAUAUGUACUUUCCAUGUGAUGAUAAGAAAUACACAAGGUUGUACUGUUUUCUUAUUAGAAAUACUGGUGACUACUGCAUUAUAUAAAAGCACAUGGUCAAUUGAAAGGAACUCUGUUGUUGAUGUUCAUGUUUAUUCAAAACUCACCAUUACAUUUGGAGAAUGGAUGGAUCUUUAAAUAUUGCAUAAAAACAACUGUGCUGUUGAAAUAGUCCAAAUACUUUAUAACACUAAUUGCUAACAUUUUAAAAUUGAAAUAGAAAAGUAAGGAUAUUUUUUCAAUUAGAAAAGGUAUUGUUACAUAACAGCAUUGUUGCAUUUUGCUGGUAAAAUACAUUAUUUUAAAAUAUUGAAGAGAAAAGGUCAGCUGCAGAAAUUAACUGUUAUUGUACAUUAUUUUAAAAUGAUCUUAGCACACUAAAAGAAAUGGCUACAUACUGAUGAAUUUGUUCUGGUUUAUAGUGUACUUAUCAAGAAUACACUAAUUUACCACUGAAGUAGUAUUCAAUUAUUAAUAUACUUAUUUUAAGUGCACUUUAACACUGCUGUGCUAACAAUGAUAUAAAAAAAAGUAUUAUAAAAGUGAACUUAUUGAAAGGGUGCUAAAAGUGCACUUGAUAAAAGUAGAUGCAAAUACACUGACAUUAAACUUAUAUUUAACACA